AUGUUGAAAAUCUUCUUUGGCCUGCUGUGGCUGCUUGGUGAUAUUGUACCUUGGCACUUGGCGUCUAACACCAUUCGACCAACCGAUGUUCGCAUUGAAUAUUGGUUGUUGAAGCAAUAUGAUGAUGUUGUGAUAGACACUCAUACACCGAUCAUCUCAUGGAGUUUGCCAACAGUUGCAAAUAACAAUUAUCAACAACGUGAUAUUCAACAAAUGGCUUAUCAAAUUAAAAUAUAUGAACGACCUACACAUGAUACCACCACAUCGAUCUUGUUAUGGGAUACUGAGCCGGCAGCAUCUUCAUUCAGUACAGUGCAAUACAAUGGCCCCAUGUUUGUCACAGAUUGUCGUUAUGAAUUGCAUCUGAGAUAUUGGUCGAGCGAUGGGAUGAAGAGUAAUUGGUUCAUUGGCAAAUUCCGUACAGUAUUCUCCGAUGUAUUUAAUGGAUCACAAUGGAUUGGUAGUAAUAGUAUCAACAUGAAUCAAUUACGGAAAACAUUCAACAUAGAAUCGUCAUCAUCGAUUACAUCAGCUUUUGCCGCCAUUAGUGGAAUUGGAUAUUAUGAAUUACAUGUUAAUGGACAACCAGUCGACCCAUCUCGUAAGUUGGAUGUUGGGUGGACUACUUAUCAGCAACGUACAUUAUAUGUAUCCUAUGAUAUGACUAAGUUCUUGACUGGGGGUGCCAAUGCAAUUGGAGUCUUUUUGGGACAAGGUUGGUAUAAUCGGCAGCAGUGGAUAAUUGGUCCAGGACCGAGGACCGAGCUCAGUACACAAUAUGGACCACCUCGGUUUAUUUUUCACCUGACAAUAUGCUUAAGUGACAAGUCUACCAUCAAUAUCAACAGUGAUGAAACGUGGCUGGGACGUGAAGCAGAACAUCGAGCUGACAACGUCUAUAUGGGCACUGUCGUAGAUUAUCGUGCAGCACGACCCACAUUCUCUACUGUGACAUUUUUUGACAAUACAUCGUUAUGGAUCAAUGCUUCUAUUCUAUCGUCUCCUGUGAAAGAUGGCACUUUAAGUUUACAAAGAAUGCCUCCGAUACGUGCUGGACCCGAUGCAUUAAAUAUUCCAGAUCUCAGCUCUAUCGACGAUAUUACCACUAGUAUAGUUGAGAGCUAUCUAUAUGGCGCUGAUUUGACCAAAUUCAACGGUGUAUUAAUACCUAUUGGAACUGAUUAUGGUAAUGGACAGAUUUUUGAUUUAGGUCAAAACUUUGCUGGUUGGUGUCGAGUGACUGGCAUCAACGUUCCAAGUAGCUAUAUCGUACAAUUACGUCACUCUGAAUAUCGUUAUUCACAGGGUACUAAUGGUAUUAGAUUCAAUGGUAUUGAUACUGAGAAUUUAGAUUCUAUUGCCGCUACUGAUACAUUCAUUUUAAAUGGUUCUGUAAAUGAAACCAUUGAACCGAUGUUUACCUAUCAUGGCUUUCGGUAUCUCUUAGUGAAUGGAUUACCAGACGUUGAUAGCUCACAGGUAACAUGUUAUCCUGUGCAUACAGAAACAAGUUUGAUCGGCAACUUCUCAUCAUCUUCAGUUAUCCUAAAUCAAAUUCAACACAACAUAUUAUGGUCGCAAUUGAGUAAUACAAUGUCAUUACCCACUGAUUGUCCACAAAGAAAUGAAAGAAGAGGCUGGAUGGGUGAUGCUGGCCUUUCAGUAGAUGAAGCAUUAUACAAUUUUGAUUUGAUCCAGUUUUAUUUGAAUUUUUUAACCAUGAUUCAGGAUAAUCAAGCUGCAGACGGCGCAAUAUCUGAUACAGUACCAUUCGCUGUCGGAUUCUCACCAGCUGAUCCAAAUUGGGGCACUGCAUAUAUUAAAAUAGCAUGGGCAUUGUAUGAGCACACAGGUGAUAUCACAAUCCUACAACAAUAUUACACUGGUAUUCGAGCUUGGAUCGAUUGUUUAACAAGGCAAUACCGGCAAACUGGUUUGGCUCACUUCUUCGGGCAUUGGGGUGAUUGGGUGCCAGUUGCACCGAUGACUAAUCUUUCAUUGAUCUCUUCAUUUGCCUAUCUACACGAUGUUCAUCGAUUCAUCAAUAUUUCUACAAUAUUGAACCAAACAGAGAAUACGAAGAAUUAUACAGAAUUGUACCAUACAUUAGCAAAAGAAUUUCAUACGGUUUUUUACGAUGGCACACUGAGAGGUUAUGCAGAUAAUAGCCAAGCUGCUAAUGUUUUAGCUCUGGCAUUACCUAAUGUCGUACCUGAUGAGAUACAAACUACUGUGUGGGAAUCAUUAUUGAAUAAUAUUAAGAGUCAAAAUGUGCAUUUCACCGGUGGAAUUGUUAGUGUGGCUCAAUUGUAUCCGUUGUUAUCUAGCAAUGGUAAUCAUGAUUUAGCAGUACAAUUGGCCAGCUCCACCACUUAUCCAUCAUAUGGUCAUAUGUUCAAUAAUCCAAUACAGAAUGCCACAACGACAUGGGAAACAUGGAAUACACUACCUGAUUCAGCUGGCUCCUCGCUCAACCAUCAUAUGUUCAAUAGUAUUGGCAGCUGGUUUUAUCGUUAUCUAGCAGGGUUGCGCUUAUCGCUGGCAGAGCAUCGAAUAUACAUUCAUCCUCGUAUGACGCAUGAUGAAACUUUACUGAAGGCUGUAUCAGCAACGGUCAAGACACAAAAAGGUUUAGUGAGAGUUGCGUGGACAAGAGCUGUCGAUCUUUUAGAACGAUUAUCCAUGCCAUCAUUAUCUGCACAGAUCGUGAAGAUGGCUGUCACGAUACCAACAACUUUGGAAGGUAUCAUCUCAUUUGAUCCUCUACUGAAGUCUGGUCAAUGUCAUUCCAUUUAUGUUGACCAGAAGUUAUUAUGGAAACGGUCAUCUCUGUACUGUCCUCAACAUGUUCAUACUAGUGCAAUUGAUGAUUUAUCCCUGAUCACUGUUGUCAAUGGCGUGAAACAACUGUCAGAAGUCGUACAGAGUGGCACAAUGACAUUGCGAGUAUCAUCUGGACAGUAUCAGUUUCAUGCUGUAUGGAUAGAAAAUUCUUGUUGA